GCAUAUGGGUACCGGAACUUGGCAGGCAGGGAAAGCGGCAGGUGCGUAGAUACUUCUUAUAGGACCAAAUGCCUGAAGUAAUCAAGAUUUUCAGCAAAUCUCUAAACAGGGGACUUUCAGGGAGGUUGAUAGGUGUGGGGAAUGGAUUCCAAGGACCAGAAUGGGGGGUGUAAAGGGCCUGCCACAUCUAGGAAAUCCCGCCGGAAAACAACUCGAAAACGACCUCAAUCUGCUCCAGCUGUCUCCAAAGCUACCUCAGGUGGAGGGGACCACCCGACUGGGGAUCGGUACCAUGCAACAAGUUUUCCCCUUUUCUCAGGAUCUUCUUCCCUUCUGCAGAAGGAGCAGAUACACCAGGACAAAGACCUCAAACAUAUCCGGGGUGAUGGCAAGAGCAAGAUAUUCCCAUUCCAGAUGUUGCCAGAUUAUUGUAAGCUGAAGGUCUUUUCAUUUCUUUCCAACAUUGAAAAAGCCAGAAUGUCUGUUGUGUGUCGGUCAUGGAGUAUUUUGAUGAAGACGCCACGGCUGUGGAACCAUGUCUUAUUCUCAGCCCUUCCUCUUGGAUGCUUGGAAUCUGCUGGUCACGAGACUACAAACCAGUGCUAUAAGUGCUACAAGAACAGGGUAUUUCUGUUUGCGGAUUAUUUACUUCGCUUGCGACCCAUCCUUCACAGUUUCGAGUUCAAACUUGACAUUGCCGAUGCCAAGGUGAAGUACCUUCAGUUGAUUGAGAAUGUUCUCCACAGCUCACACUGUGCUGAUCUCCAUUAUGCUGAUAUUAACUGGAAGGAAACACCAGCUCUGCCCUUUUGGCUGGAAUCGGCCAGAUGGUCACAGAGUGAUGAAGUCAUACAGAACCAUCGUCACAGGCAGCGUUUGUUUGUUAAUUUCUUCAAUGAUUUCACACACAUGGCUCCCAACUUGCAGACUUUGAUUCUGCCAUUUGACUGGUCUGAGAAUUCUGUUGAGUAUUUAAGUCGCUUGAAAACUUUACACAGUUUGGUGCUAGAGAAAUACUUUGUCUUUCAGAACCUCAAUCAAAAAUUGUUAACACGUCUGCUGGAGAAUUUACCGAAGCUGUCUCGGCUAAUGCUUGAAGUAUGGACACCGAGCGGACAGGGUCUCCUUACAUACAGCCUUGCAUCAAAAUCAGUCAGGUAUCUUGACAUAUCACAGAGUCGGGGGUUUUAUGUCCAGAAAUUGAAAAUGCCCAAGCUGAAGAACUUCCGCGUAGCUCGUCAUCCAUGGAAUGGCCCUCUUGUGAUGGCGGAGAAUGUGAAUCUGCCAUGUCUGUACGAUGUAUUGGUGGGUGGAGCUCCAGAACUAGAGACUGUCAAUGAUCAUCGUCUGUCUGAAGGCUGGCAGGACUGCUUGAGCAGUGAAUUUGAGGAUGUUCUGAAAACAGUCUGUUCAUGUCGCCGACACAAGAGUGGCUGGGCUUUGUAUUGAACAGUGUGUGUCCUUGUCUGUGUUGUUGUACAAUUUACAUUUUCAUGAAGUGCAAUGCAUUGGAGUGGCAGACAUGAGGUGGAAGUUACAGGGUCCAGUGGUUGGAAGACAUGGGAGGAACGUACAACAUCUUUACAGGAUUGUUUCAAUUUAUAUCAAUAUAAAAAGAUUAGAGAAUUUUAUUGAUUUGUCCAUGUGAUCAGAUAAGAUACAUUUAAAAUGUACAAAGCUA